AUGCCGCCUAUCCGCACACAGGACAAUGUAGAGCCAGCCAAAAAUCAAACCCGAGGGAACCGGAAACCAAACAUCCCUCGCGGUAACUUUGAAGAAGUCAACGCACGCUGUCAACGAGCUCAGGAGGAAGGCGGCAAAAUCAAGGCCACCAUUGACUCUUAUCUCGGUCACAUCCGGCGUGCUCAAGGGUGGCUAGCACCCAUCGUUGCAGAGGAGAAGAGACGGGCGAUGGAGUGGGAGAUGGAGAAAACCCAACAUUGCAUCAAUGAGGCACCAACCACGGGCAGGAAGAGUGCAAUGCCGGAAGACAUGCAUUUGGCUUUCACCGAUGAGCCUCGUGAAUGCACGCCGCAAGCAAUCCGAAUGUCCUCCAUAUCCGCAACCAAGUCCACCUCACCACCACACCCGUAUCCACCUGUCUAUCAUCAAACUCCUGCUUCCGACACGCCAUACAACUCAGUACUGUCCCACCCAGUGCCCUUGUAUCAAUCAAACACCGACAAGCGUCAAACCAUCCACCGAAAACCAAACCAGCCGUCCCCAUCCCCUCCUACUGUCACAGUAUUCAACACUCAAUCCCUCGUCAUUAUUCCAGAAAUCCGUGGGAUGGGUCCUGAUGCAUGGCGCCAGGUUGUGAGAGAUUGGGACUUCCCUGAUCCUUCUCGUAACCAUCGUCGCCCGCUCAAAGAGCUGAGCAAGGGAGAUGUCCCCCAGAAGCAACGCCAGCUCUACCACCUCCGGAAAGUAAUUGCUGAAGAGUUCAUCAAUGUCUACGCUUGUGAUGAGGCAAGAUUCCUUGCUGACUACCCUUCAUAUGUGAAGGGAUGUACCCCGCUCUUCAACGCCAUCCGCAAGAAGUACCAGGAAGCGGGUACUGUGGCUCGAAGAAAUCGAGGCCCUCAUGUCUACUAG